AUGACUACUUAUAUAGAAUACGGAGUAAAACUUACAGAUGGGCAAAAGUCAAAACUGGUUUCUGCGAUAAUAAAUCAAUCACCACUAACUCUUCUUUUAAAACAUUCUCAUCUUCGAGGUUCUGAUGAGUUGAUGUUAACAAAAAGACAAAUUGAUAAAAUAAAAAAAUCUAUUGCAAAUGGUACCGGAUCGGAUAUAAAAAUAAGUAAAACUCAAAUUAGAAAAUCUGUGAAACAUGGAGGAAACUUAUUUUCAUCACUUGCUUCUCUCGGAGCAAAAGUUCUUCCUUUCGCAAUAAAAGGAAUAUCUAAAGCUGUUCCUGCAUUAGCAACCGGUGCUGCAACUGCACUUGGAGAACUUGGAAUAAAUAAAAUAUUU